AUGUGGACGAAUCGUAUGCCCAUGUGGUAUCGAUGGGAAACAUAUCCAAGUCUUCGCAAUUAUAUUUCAUCGGCGUGGAAUUUAUCAAGUUUUGAUGAUGCCUUUAUUGAAUUCUCUAAAAAUCAACGUUAUAGUCAAUUUACCAUUCUCUCCUCGUAUGCUGCUCGAUUCGAAGCGAAUUAUUAUCGUAUUAUUAUGAAUACCGAUAGACGUGGUGCAAUCAGCGUUGGAAGUAAUCGUGGUCGAGAUAAAGAUAUUCGUAUUGGCUGUUGUCGAUCGUUCGGUAGUGGCUGUAAUGAUUCAUCGAUGCCCAGAGCUAAUGAAGAUCAUUUAUUAAGAUUUGACAAUACAGGUUUCGUUGCCAUCAAUGCCACAGAAAAGAACAAUGUCUAUUAUAAUCAUGUUCACACCUAUUUGACACAAAUGCCCACACACAUGGUGUCGUAUAUGAAACAAAGUUGUCGAAUGUAUCUCGAGAACAAAUUGAUGCCAACAUGUGUCCGAUAAGUUAUUCUCAUGAAAAUUCUUAUUUAUUUUUAUAUCAUACGCAUAGAUUUGAAGGAAGAGGAUAAAAUACCGUCUUUUAUGUUUUUCAUAAAAUAGUUUCAUACAAAAAAAAUAAGCAAAACUCAAAGAAAUGAAUAGUUCGAUAUUUGUUCACUAUGAUCCCUGCAUAUAGUAACAGAUAAGAAAAUGAUGAUAAUGAUCGAUUGAUUUGUCAUAUAGAAGGGUAAGAAAGAACCAAAUAAAAUGAACGCUCUUGUUCGAGCCCUUUCUCUUCAGCAUAGAAUCUCCUUUUUCGUUUAACAUUUUUUCAGCAAAGACAUGAUACUUACUUGUCUCACAUACUUUCUUUAUAAUAAUUGUACUGAAAUUUAGACGCUCUGGCAGGGAAAGAGAUGUCAAUCUGGAUACUUUUUGUGUAUGACUUCAGACCUCUGCCAUGGGUAUUAGUGAUGAUCCUGCAUUGAGGACGAGAAGUAUCUAAGAUUUCAGAACCAAGAAAAACUGUAAUAUAUGCUACAUUUCGUGUUGCAGAAGGAAUUUCACUUUAGUGUAUUAAGUAAUAUGACGCGGAGUGUGCAGAGCCGACAAAUCAUUUUAGGGAAGUAGACAUGUAUCAGAAUAUGGCACUAUUUCAGAUAGUGAGAAAUUGAAAGAAUGUACGCAGUUGAGGUAUUUUCGUCAUUGACAUGUGGGACGAGGUUAGAGAGAUGAUCACUUUGUUGCAUGAUCUUAAAUGAUUAAUAAUAUUUAGACACUCAAAAUGAGUGCCGAUAAGAUCAUUAAGUGCGCUGGAUGAGAAGCAGAUAUUGUCGUAGUUGUUUUUAUGAUCCUUUGAGACAAAUGUUCAUUCGAUGAUAAUAUUCAGCUAUUCGAACUAAUGAAUAAGGAAAUAGACAAGCACAAUAUGCCACCGAAGAAAACCCAGAAUAACAAGCAUGAUAAUCGGCCAAUAAUUUCAUCGAUGCAAGAUCAUGGAUAGACAUGUGUUGAAUGAUAGAGUUGAUUUUUCGAUAAGAAAAUGAGUGAAUCAGUUGGUAUGCGACUUUGAUCCAAUUCCAA